CGCGCUGCAUUCAAACUUGUUUUCAACUUGGAAGCAAGAAAGUGUCCGUUUCAUUCUCAUAAAUCAAGCAUCCUAGAUUGUUGUUUUGGAAACAGAGGUCUACGUUUUUUUCUAGGUAACACGCCAGACAUGGCAUCAAAAAGCACCAAGGAGAUCAUUGUCAACAAGUUAGGCUUUAAAUCCAGUAGCUCAAAGCAAGCAGACAUGGAAAUGGACAGACUCAGGAAGGAAAAUAAUCACAUGAAGAAGAUGAUGGAUGAAAUAUCAAAACGAACGGCGAGGCCACCAGACUUGGACAAGAGCAAACUGCUAGAGAGAAUUCUGUCUCUGGAGACGUUAAGGGAGAGGAACACUCAGCAGCUGCUGGCAAAGGACAAGGAGGUGGAGACUCUGAGACAACAGCUGAGUUCCAGUGGGGGAGAGGUGGUGGCAUCGCUCCAGUCUCAGCUGGACCAGGGGAGGAGAGAGGCAGAGCACAGAGAGAAACUCUUCCAGUCCCUCUCGGAGGAGACCGGGAACCUGAAGAACAAGUUGGUGGCAGUAUCUGCAAGGUGUCAGGAACUGGAGGAACAGUUUCCUGAUUUCCAGAAUGGCAGGGUCCCCACUGGUGAGGUUGCAGUAGUUCAGGAUCACCUGAGAGAUGCUUUGGAGAAGAACCAACAGUGGAUGGUUUAUGACCAACAGCGAGAGGCCUAUGUCAAGGCAGUCCUGGCCAGAACCCUUGAGUUGGAGCAGCAACUAAAUCAAGCUCUCCAACAACAACACAAAGAAGGCGAUUCAGCCGCACCAGAGAAGUCUUCUCCCCAGCUGCAGGAGUACUACGACAAGCUUCUGCUGCAUGCCAAGCGGGACGUAGAGGCCCAGAAGGAGGCURCUGCGCGGGUCCAGGGGAGGUACGAGGAGCGCUGCCGGGAGGUGGCCGAGGCCCGAGAACAGCUCCAGGCCGAGCGCCUCAGCAGCAGACACACAGUCAGCGAGGAGAGGAAGUGCUUGGCCGACCGCGCCAACAGGAUGAGGUCCGAGCGGGACAGCAUGGACGCCAGGUUGGAGGAGGAGAGAAAGAGGUCUGCUGAGCUGCUGCUGCAGGUGAAUCUACUUCAGAAAUCUCUGUUAAAUCAAAAUGAGGAGCAGAGGAGAGUUGCUGUACUGGAACAGCAGAUCCAGCUGUCUGCCAAAGACUUUGAGAACGAGAAACUUGAUCGGCAGAGUUUACAGCAUCAGUUGCACAAGGUCCUGAAAGAGCUGCGCAAGGCUCGGGACCAAAUCACAAGACUGGAAUCCAGCCAUCAACAGAGAGAGUCUCGUUUCUCUGAGCCAAGAUCUUACAACAAGCUGGAGUUUGAUAGGCUGUCCAUUGAGGAUCCCAUCCCCACCUCGCCCUCCAAAAACCUUCUGGACGAGAGUUUCCUGGAGUGUCCAAAGUGUAGAGCCCCAUACACCACCAGUCAACACAGAGAACUGCUGGCCCACCUCGACUACUGUUUCGCUUGAACAGCCUAUAGGGAAUUAAAAGGGAGUACAUCUGGCCAGUCUCGGUCUUGCUUUUGUUUAUAAGAUAUUGUUUUUAUAUAAUCUUAUAAGAGUCUAUUUGGUUUGUGUUUAUGCUCUUUUUACAUGACAGUGUUUCUUUCUCAUUAUUUUAAAGUGUCUACUGAUGAUCUACUGUAAGAUCCUGAAGGUGUGUUUACCAAGAAAUCAGUGACUAUUUUUGAUUGACAAGAAUAAACCAUUUAGAAUUAUUAUUA